CAAUGCUCAAAAGAAAACUCCGGCAGUCUGGUGAACUUCCCUGAGUGACAGGAUCUUCUCGGGCUGUGGACUGACAGUUUGACGGGCAGAUUAAGUCGUGAGAUUCAUUACAAGUCUGUAGCUAUGGGACCUUUGUAGCUAUGUUAGAUAGCAUCUUAUCCAGGUGCUCAUUUUCCAUAUUUAUUAUACCGUUUCUGAGUCGAUGGAGCCUGGAGUGGGACGAGGCGACGGGAUCCUCCAUGCGCUUUGGAGACCGAGGAUGUGUGUGUGAAAGUGGACAGACUGGGGUCAGUCAUGGAGCCUGAGCUGAACUGCAGCUCCCAGUGUGAUUCCCCACUCUGCUUCAUCCACUCAGGAGUCAACAGGCAGGAGGGCCUCGACAUUCUGCAGAGACUAUGCAGUCUCAGCACGAUAGCAUUGGAGCUCCCACAGCAGCCUCUCUCCCCAGUGUUAAGUGCUGUGGUGUGGAUGCUGCUCUCCUGUGGCAUCCUGCUGGCUUUCUGCUUCCUCCUCUUCACCCUGCGCUUCAAAAACAACAGGAUAGUGAAGAUGUCCAGUCCCAACCUGAAUGUCCUGACUCUCUUUGGAAGUGUCCUCACCUACAGCAGCGGAUUCCUCUUUGCCGUUGAUGAACGAACACACUCACAAGGUGGAGCAUCUACAGCUGUGCUACAAGCUCGGAUGUGGACUCUUUGUGUUGGCAGUACCCUGGUGUUUGGCCCAAUUUUGGGGAAGACGUGGAGACUAUACAGAGUGUUCACCCAGCGAGUGCCUGACAAGAGAGUGAUCAUCCGAGACAUCCAGCUGAUGGGCAUGGUUGCUAUGUUGAUCCUGGUGGACAUGCUGGUUCUCACCGUCUGGAACCUCACCGACCCCAUCAAGUGUUCACGAUCUGUCGGAGCUGUUGUCAAGGUGACAGAGAGAGACAUUUCCUACUCUUUGUCUCAGAUGGACACGUGUUCCUCUGUAUACUCAGAUCUGUGGGUUAUCAUUAUUGCUGUUCAGAAGGGUUGUCUUCUCCUCUAUGGGACUUAUCUAGCCGGGCUGACCAGCAAUGUCAGCCACCCUCCUGUCAACCAGUCUCCCACCAUCAUUACAGCCGUCACUUUGGUCGCCCUCUUUUCGGCUGUGGCCGUCCCCAUGUCCAUCUUCCUGCAGGCCUGGCCCAACCUGGUCUACAGCACUGUGGCUGGAGCCAUUUUCAUCUGCACACUGGUUACCAACUGCAUGCUGUUUGUGCCUCAGCUGACCCAGUGGCGGCAGUUUGAAGAGGAUCAGAAGAACCCGAGUCAGAUGGCCAAGUAUUUCAGCAGCCCCAGUAAGAGCCAGCCCUCAGCGUACAGCCAGGAUGAGAUCUACUACCUGCUGGGGGAGAACAACUCCAUGAAAAAACUCCUCAAUGAGAAGAAUGCUGUGAUUGACAGUCUGCAGGAGCAGGUGAACAACGCCAAGGAUAAACUCCUGCGACUCAUGUCAGCCAGCCGGCCCCCCGAGGACCAGGACAUGGACUCCUCCAACACUGUCCUCAACUCUUCCUCCACUCAGACCACAGAGCUUCAGUCUGACGGCCCCUCUUCUUCUUCUCUACCUCAGAGAGACACUAAAUCCAGACUCUCACCGCCACAUCUGUCCCCUCACCUCACUGCUGCUGCUGUUUCAUCAUCUGCUGUUACACCGUCCUCUGAGCCUCCCUCUGCUCCAAACUCCUCCACCCCCAUUGCUACUUCCCCUCCUCUCCCCGAUGAUAUUAAUGUGAGUGAAGAACAGAGAGGUGUCUCUACCACUGGCGCUACGGGCAUGAACACAGCUGAGUCCAGAACAGGGGAGGAUCUCAAACAGCCUGCGUCCCUCCUGUCCCCUGGCUUUCUCAGAACAGCAGAAGAGACAGUUCACUUUGUCACUUCCCUACAAUCCCAUAGAGGGUUAAAGCCCUCUCAGGUUGAAACUUUCAACGAUCAGAGUGGCCUAACAUCCCAGCUGGGACCAAAUGCCAGACCGACUUGUUUUAUUAGCAGCGAACAGUUGCAGGAGAUCCUCCAGGAGCUGAGUGUGGACGCAGUCAUGGGAACCGCACUUCGAUCUCCCGGUCAAACGUCAAGAGCGCCUUCUCAGCUAAAAUUUACCAAAGCCUCCACACUUUCCCCUCUCUCCCUGCGGACACCAUGCUCCCCUCAUCCACCUGUUCUCUUCCGCUACCCCAGCAUCUCCCCUUAUUCGAUGAGGAAACGUCGGCCGCCCUUCCACUCCUCCAGAAGGGGUUUGGCCCCUCCCUGCUUCUACGCAGGUUCAGUGGCUGCUGGCUGUGGGAGGAUGAGGGACAACUGUGAACACCAAAAUCCAGGCAUGCACCCUAAUGGGGUCACUGUGGAUGGUACCCUCCUCCAGGUUCACAACACUGACCUCGAGCUAGAGGAGGAGGAGGAUGCAGAAGGGAAUAAAGCGAUAAGAAAAUGUCGGAGGUGUGUUUCAAGGUCCCACAGAUGUUCAGUGUUGCCCUGUGCAGAAUACAAUCACACAGCUCCACCUGAUGUGGAAGUGGGAGGUGAUAAUGAGCAGCACCACAGACACAUUAGAGACUCCUGUGGGUACUCUGAUUCUAGCAGCUCAACAGACUACUGUUACUACCACCGUCCCUACUGUGACUCCUGCCAGCAGCGAGGCUCUCUCCUGUCCACAGACAGCUCCUCAGACUCCUCUGACAGCGAGUAUGAAGGCUACACCAGCCUGUAUCGCUCCCCACACCCUGUGGUAUUCAAAGAAGACCUCAAACCCACCUUUGUAUAAGCACAGGUUUAUUGCACUUUACAUGUUCAUCAAUUUCCACCACUUGUAUUCAUGUCAUACAAAAUUAGCUUUGAGGAUAAAGCAGGCACAGAAUUCAUUGUGCAUCUAUAAUGGGAGAUAAUUUGACUCUAGCUUUCAAUAGGAAUGCGUUGUGGAACAGAGUGGUUCUUUUACUCAUGAGACUAUUAGAUUUGUGAAAACUAGUGUAGCUCAAAAGCACACCAUGCUGUUUACUUUGUACUAUUACUGAUGGCAUUAUGGCAUUAUUUGUGCAUUUCUGCUGUCAGAUAAAACAUUCCAAAAAUGUCUAAGUCUGACAUCUAGAGUAACAAAUAAUAAACCCACAAAGCAAAAUUAAAGGUUGAAAUGUGCUAUAUUAGCUAUUGUGCAAAUGUUGUAUUUAUUUUUAUAUUUAUUAGUAGAUGUUUUUGUGUACAGAAUUACUUUCUGUCUCCUUUUUACCGUUUUACAUUGUCAUACACAUUCCUUAAAAUCUUUCUAUGCCAUUUUAUUGUAUGGUCUGCAUUGCUGUAAUUUUCAAAUCACCUACAUUGUCUAUACAAUGCUCUACAUUUGUUGUCAGGUACUUCCCAUCUAUAGCUGGUUUACGAGACACACACUGUCACACAGGUUCCUGCUAUUGCUUUUAUAGACUUAAUUAUUUUAUCGGUAUUAUUGUCCUGACUCAUUUAGAGUAUUUAAUGUGCAAAGGUCACAGUUAUCUGGAGUGUGUGUGUGUGUGUGUGUGUGUGUGUGUGUGUGUGUGUGUGUGUGUGUGUGAGAAAGAGACAGUGCCCUGCUGCCCUUCAAUUUUCAAGCCCUAGCAUGUUUCUGAAACCCCACACCACUUCGUGUUCAUUCUGCAUCUUCUUACUGGGACUCAGAGACACCACGGCAUUAACAGCCAAACAGAAAAUAUUUAAACCACUGGCUUGAUGUAGGUAGGCCUGGAUUAAUCUGCAAGGGGGUCAUGGGGCAAAAAUGAGCCCCUAUUACGCCCUCACACUCAUCCCCCAACCCAUUUUGCACACAAUCCCACAAACCAACCAGUAUUUCUGUGCUGGAACUGCCCUGGGUUUGCUGUAUGUCAGUUAGUUUGUUAUAAUAUAUAUAUUUAGCGCAUAACACCAACUGAAAUAUCAGAUAAGAGGAGUAGAUUUUGGCAUAAGACUCCUCUAUAAGACAGAUCCUCGAGCUGCAGACAAAAUGCUGGAGCCACCUUAAUGCUCUUAGUACCAUUAUAAUUGUACUUUAGAAUCAGCAUCAGCUUUAUUGGCCAAGUAUGAGUACACAUAUGAGUAAUUUGACUCCAGUUUUUUUCUUACACAGAAUUAGACAUGACAGCUAAGAACAAGAACAACAAAGCUGAACAAAUAAAGGUAAAGAAUAGAAAGGACUAUUAUGUACACAAGUAUGUGAAAACAAUAUGUGUUUACAAUAUAUAAAUAUAAAUAAAAAGCACCAGUGACCAACAACACAAAAUAAAAUGUCUCUAUACAAGUCAAGUGUUUCUGUAAGUUGUAAACAAUACAAAUAGUGCAAAUAUACCAUGGAUGGUAAUAGUGCAUACUACCAUCCAAAUUUGUAAUUAAUCAAACUAAGUAUUUGCUACACAGCCAACAUGGAACUUGUGGAUGGGGCAGUUGCCCGCUUUGCCCGUCUGGUAAUCCAGCCUUGACUUGAUGUUAAAUACAGCACUAAACAUAAUGUUCAUUUGUCUUUCCAUGGUAAAAGCAACAGCUUCCCAAGAUUGUAAUAUUUUCCAGCCUAAAUGUAAUGGGACUUUAAUCAUCAUCAAAAUAGUUGAGAUAGUUGAGUAAAUUGAGGAGUUUUAAUGAUAUUCCUCCAACACAGACAAAAACAGAGCAUUUUCCUGUCUUGGCCCCUCUCUCUCUCACUCACUCCCUCCCUCACACUAUCUCCUCUCUGUCUCUGUAUUUCUUUCUUCCAUUAAUGGCAAAAUGUGUGUUUGCCCAGGGAUGUGUUGCUUUAUGAAGGGAAAAUAGUGUGUGUCUCGCAUUACUUCUGCUCUGCUGCCUGUUUUUGAGACGCUAUUGCUCUCUAUUCUGCAUAUGAACCAUUGAAGGGCAGCCUGGGAGAAAUUCCCUUUGAUAGAGCAUAACAAAGUAUAAAUAAAUCGCACAAAAGACAGACUACCAGCAUUACUGUGCAGGAGGAAAGACUUUCCUGCCGAGUGACCUGUAUUCUGUUCAAGAUGAGGAAUACUGACAUAUUGAGGAAUUGUGGAUUAAAAAUAUUUAUAAAUCAA